AUGAAAAACACCAAGGAUCUAAAUGCAGGUAAGUUUGGUCGCUCAUGGGAAGGACCGUUUGAGGUCAUAGAAGCAUACGGAAAAGACGCCUACAAGCUUAGAAGGGUUGAGACUAAUCCAUGCCGAUUGCAACACUACCCCGAGGUUACCAAUCCUCUGGGGCCAGUCAAUUUGAUCCAUACCGAUCUCAACAUCACCCAGAGGUCAGCAAUCCUCUGGGAGCAAUCAAUAAGAUCCAUGCCGAUCGCAACACUACCCCGAGGUUACCAAUCCUCUAAGGCCAGUCAGUUGGAUCCAUGCCGAUCCCGACAUCAUCCAGAGGUUUCCAAUAGGAUCCGUGCUAAUCCCAGCACUACCCCAAGGUUAUCAAUCCUCUAG